AUGUCCAAAGCAAUCUACAUUUCUCCAAUUGACGGCAAACCCGGCAAGCCCGGCCAAGUCUACUACCCGCUCUCUCUGCGCACCGUGCCCAAGCCAUCCCCGCAAGGGAGCGAGCUAUUGAUAAAGCUGACCGCCGCCUCCCUCAACCACCGCGACCUCUUCCUCCGCCAACAUCUAUACCCAGGCGUGACCUUCGACGUACCCCUACUCGCAGACGGAGUAGGCAUCGUCGUCGACGCAGGUCCCAACGUCCCCAGCCCCGAGACAUGGCAGGGCAAGCGCGUGAUCCUGAAUCCCGGCGUGGGCUGGAAGGAUUCGCCCGACGGGCCCGAGGAAGCUACCGGGUAUAGAAUUAUGGGUGGUACACGGGUUUAUGAUAAGGGUACGCUGCAAGAAUAUCUCGCGAUUGAUUUCUCGGAGGUCGAGGAGGCUCCUGGUCACUUGUCGGAUGCUGAGGCGGCUGCCUUGCCUUUGACUGGAUUGACUGGGUGGAGGGCGCUUAUUACGAAGGCUGGUGAGCGGAACUCUGGGGAUGGUGCUGCUGUGUUGAUUACGGGGAUUGGGGGUGGUGUUGCGUUGAUGGCGCUGCGCUCGAGUCAGGAGAAGAUUCGGAAGGCGGUUGAGUUGGGUGCGACCGGUGGUGUGAAUUAUAAGGAGGAUGGAUGGGAGAAGAAGUUGCUUGGCUUGCUUCCUGCUGGCAAGAAGAACUUCGAUGCCAUUAUUGACGGUGCGGGUGGUGAUUCGGUCGAGAAGUCUGUCAAGUUACUCAAGGCUGGCGGUGUUCUUUCCAUCUAUGGAAUGACAGUAUCCCCCAAGAUGCCUUUCACGAUGGCUGCGGUCUUGAAGAACAUCGAUGUUCGUGGUUCCACGAUGGGCUCUCGCAAAGAGUUCAAGGAGAUGAUCGAAUUUGUCAACGCGAAGAAGAUUUACCCGGUGGUGUCACGAGUGCUCAAGACCGAUCUGGAUGACCUGUCUGCCAUCGACGGACUAUUUGAGGACAUGAAGCAGGGUACUCAAUUUGGUAAACUGGUGAUUGAAUUCGGCAAGUCGGGCAGCAAGCUCUGA